CUCUCUCAUACUUCACCUCUUUCAAUUUCUUUCUUAAUUAUUUCUCCCAAACCCUUAACCAAGACCAACUACUUUCAAUUAGCUUCACAUGAUAAAAAGAUGAGCUGAUGAUGCAUGAGAAGAACAAGUAACUAGAAGGAAGAAGAAAGAUGAUUUGAUGAUAUCUCUUCAGCUCUUUCAGCUAAGUACUUGGUGGGUAAUUAUAUGCCCUAAAAAUUAAAACCCUUUCCCUUUUUAUUUUCUGAUAACAAAACCCUCCCUUUUCAUUCUCAAAAGAAAGAAGGAAAUACAAGAAGAAAGAAGAAGAAAUCUCUCUUUCUCUCUCUUAAUUCUCAAAAUUUUCCUAGAGAAAGAAAGCUGUAGGUGCUUGAGCUAAAAUUAGCUAGGUUUUGAGAAGUAUAGAAGAAGAUAUGGAUCCAAUUGCAGCACGUGGACGUCCAGUCCCACCUCCUUUUCUUUCAAGAGACCUUCACUUACAUCCUCAUCACCAAUUCCCACAACUCCACCCCCACCACCUCAACCACCAAAACUCCGAGGACGAGCAAAACAGCAGCGGAAUCAACCGUGGAAUCAAACGUGAUCGCGGCGGUGGAGAUGAGAACUCCGCGGGCGCUACCACCUCUCUGGAGGGAAAGGAUCAACUGGGGUACACCAGCGCCGGAGAGGCCGAGAUCACCAGACGGCCCCGUGGCCGUCCAACCGGCUCCAAAAACAAGGCCAAGCCCCCCAUCAUCAUAACCCGAGACAGCGCCAAUGUACUCCGAUCCCACGUCAUGGAAGUCGCCAACGGCUGCGACAUCAUGGACAGCGUCUCCACUUUCGCAAGGCGUAAACAGAGAGGGGUUUGCAUUCUCAGCGGCAGUGGAACCGUCACUAAUGUCACUCUAAGGCAGCCGGCCUCUCCGGGAGCUGUGGUCACUCUACACGGCAGGUUUGAAAUUCUGUCCCUUUCUGGGUCCUUUUUGCCGCCCCCCGCCCCGCCAGCCACGUCAGGCUUGACCAUCUACCUAGCCGGCGGACAAGGCCAAGUCGUUGGUGGCCCCGUGGUAGGGCCUCUAUUGGCUUCAGGGCCGGUUGUUAUCAUGGCCGGCUCUUUUGGGAAUGCGGCUUACGAGAGGCUGCCCUUGGAGGAGGAAGAGGAGCUCGCCGCGGCAGGGCAAGUACAAGGAAGUGGAAGGUCCCUCGGAUCUCCAGGGGUUGGUGGGCAAGAACAUCAACAGCAGCAACAACAACUAUUGGAAGAUCCUAAUGCACCAUCGCUUUUUCAUGGGAUGCCACAAAGUCUACUAAACCAAUUGCCUGCCGAUGCAUAUUGGGGAACGGCACGACCUCCUUAUUGACUGACUGAUCAAUUAAGCAAGAAAAAAGAAGUUUACUUGUGUUUUAAGUUUUCUCAAUCCUCAGAUCGAUGGAUCCCUUUCUUUCUCCUUUUUUUUGCAAAUUAAACAGCUUUUGCUCAUUCUUCUUAUUUUAUAAAAUUUAGUUCUGUGUUUAAUUAAAUAGUUAAUUGAAGAUGUUGAUUAGUUGGUCAUUAUGGUAUUAAUUCAUCGUCAAUGGGUGUUUGGAUUGAAGAAUUGGAUGUCAAAAAUGGUGGAUUUUGGUGGGGGGUUUGUUUUGGUUUUUUUAUUAGUGGAAUAUAUAUAGUUACUUUCAAUUCACCGCAAGUGAUUGUAGCUGCAUAGAGAUGAAGCAGCAGCAUGUUAUGAAAAAGGUUGGCAUCUAUUUCACCUUUUUUCUGCAGUUCUUAAUUGGGUGAUUUACUCGUGUCUUACAAUACCCUAUUUCUCCUCCUUUAUUUUCACUGUUAACAAUCAUCAUUACACGACCCACACUUUCCUGUGUAUUCCUUUCGACUCCCACGCUCAGAAUUUUUAUUUAUUUUCCUUCUUCUCUUCAUUGUUAUUGUUAGAAGCAGUUACUGAUGUUG